AUGCUCUAUCGUCGUCAGGCUGGAUCCUCCGGAACCAACCAUAUUCUCCAUUCUCCUGUGGUGGACUCUCCCUCACCUCCACCGCGUAAUGUGAAUCAAGCAUUCAAACCAUUACGUAGGGAAUCUGGGACGUUGUAUUCUACUCCUUCUGGUCAAACUGGACCAUCUGAUCCAUCUCGAGCGCGGUAUCCCAUCCCGUCCAGUAGUCCAGCGAUCAAUGGGGAUGGAAAUGGGUUCGGAAACGGUUAUGGACACGGUUACGGUGAAUCUGAGCCGAGCUAUUUUCAACCUUCGUAUGGGAUGACAUCUGGUAAUAUUGGACUUGGAUAUGGAUCCAGCGCAAAUACCGGGUCCUCCUCUCAAUACGGAUAUGGUGGAAACAUGGGUAGUAGUGCAUUUGCCCCCGGAGACGAUGCCAAACCGUUGUCCAUGAGGAGCAAAGAAGAAUGGAUAGCUAUGGUUCGUCAUGGGCUGGACAACGUCGCCAGAGGGUUUGGCGAUUCAUCAAGGCUUGACAAAAGCUGGUCUAUGGCUUGGGGAGAUGUUGAGCUCAGAAGCUUGAUUCUACGAUCCACGCUCAUCAACCUUGUCUCUCUCCUUCUGCUCUCCUUCUCACCCAUAGUCUUGUCUCCAGCUCUCUCCUUGUCACCCGACGCGCAGGACAAGGCACGAUCCGUCGGAUUGUGGUACAACGUCCUUCUAUCCUGGCCCGUGUUCGUCCUCUGCUUCUGGAUCAAUGCAUAUUGGGGUCCCGCGAUAUCGAAACGAGCUCAGAUACUCUUACAUCCUGCGUACCGACAUCAACCUUCCUCGCCUAUCCCCUCAAACAGAUCCUCGUCAUCUGCUCCGUCUGAUCCUCUCGUAUGGGUCUUUUCGACCCUUCAGCGCCUCUUGAUGAUCUCUGAUUUCACAUUGAUGUCAAGGACCAUCUUGCUGGUACCGGUGUUGGGGAGACCGACGGCUUUCGCCUACAUGUGUAUCAUCAAUGCUUACUAUUGUUUCGACUAUACGUUCACCUCCCGUGGAUGGUCUUUGACCCACCGAGUCAUUUUCAUGCAAGAGCGGACCUUGUACAUGGUUGGGUUUGGCUUCCCAGCAACAUUCCUGUCAUCCUUUUUCACACCACUGGUCAAUAUGGCCAUUUUCGCGCUCAUCUAUCCAUUCUUUGUUCUUCAGGCUCUGCUUGCCAGACCACCCGUCCCUCGAUCCAGUCUCCUCCCAACUACACCCUCGCCGCAUUCUUCCCUCCCAGCAUCACCAUCUGAGCAGCAUCCGUCCAUGACACCUAACGCUUCGUCCCUGUCAGCGUCUCGCCCGACUUUCGGUGUCCCAAUCUUUUUCUUUGCCAAAUUCGCCCUCGCUGCGCUUAGCUAUGUCGAAGCUGCGAUUGGCCGGCAUAGAACCGGAUUUUCUGGGGCCGGAUCUUCAUUGAGAGAGAGAUCUGGUAAGAGGGUGAUGUAA